UGCGCCGCUGAAUGGUUUCCUUCACACUGUUAUCGUUAUGAUAUUGUCAGGCUGACACAUCGCCCCACGCCAGCACCUUGCGCCCACUCCAAGAGAUUCCAACUCAAGCUUCGGAACGCUACUGAUGGUGUUGUCGCGGUCCGAACGUGGCGCGCUUGCACGCAAGACAAAAAACCAGCACAUACCCGUGGUCCUGAAGGCAUCGGCUCGCGCUAGAGCUGGCAUCAGCUCUUCGAAGCUCCUUCGCGACCUCAAAGCCUCACCAAGCGACUCACCCGGCGCAGCUCUGCCCCUCAUCUCUGUGAUCGAGGCGGAUACUCUACAAGCAGCUUUCCCUCUAGCCACAGAUGGCAACGGCAAGGUCGCGAUACUCUCGAUGGCUUCCGAGCUUCGACCUGGCGGUGGAUUUCUGUCCGGGGCGAACUCCCAAGAAGAAAGCCUUUGCAUGCGGACCACACUGUAUCCGGCGCUGAGAGACGACUUCUACCGCCUUCCAGAUGUUGGUUGCAUCUAUACGCAAGAUAUCUGCGUGUUCCGGGGUACAUACCCUCCCGGCGGCGAAUCCACGGCACCAGGCGCGGAAGUCAACCCACCCUCUCAGUGGUGGUUUGUCGAUGUCAUCUCGUGCGCUGCAGUGCGCGGACCGGAUGUGGACGACAACGGCCUGUCCUAUGCAGUGGACCAGCAGCGCGACCUCAUGCGAGAGAAAGUCAAGUGCAUUUUCCGAGCUGCUGCCUCUCAAGGAUGCAGACGUCUCGUUCUCGGUGCGUUCGGCUGUGGGGCGUUUGGGAACCCACCAAAUGAGGUGGCACUGCUCUUUCGAAGGGCACUGCUCGGAAGAGAGGGCAGGGCAUCUGAGUUCGCAGGUUCAUUCGACGAGGUUGUUUUCGCCAUCAGGGGCGGUAGGCAAGAUACAUUGUCUACUUUUCGGUUUGUCCUCGAUGUGUAAUGAAGGACAUCAUUGCUCUGUCCUGAGAUAUGAGCAACUACAGUCGUUCAUGACAGUUAGGAGUCAAAUGGUGUCAUCAGUCUCGAUUGAUCUCAUCAAUGUCGAACUCAAAAAGAUUGACUUAAC